AUGACGGCGAAUCCUCUGCACUCGGUGCCCCGCGACGAGCGCCAUUGGGAUCUACUGCGGCUUCUGACGCACGAAACCGCCUUUCCCAACGAGACAUCUGCUGUCGCACUGGGCGAGUUCGAUCCGAACGCUGGAGAAGAGACGCUGAGCUUUUUGCAGCACGAAUGUCGCGUGCUGAUUAUAGGCGCGGGUGGGUUGGGAUGUGAGCUCUUGAAAAAUGUGGUGCUGUCUGGGUUUUCGACAGUGGACAUUAUUGACAUGGACACGAUUGACGUGUCGAACUUGAACCGGCAGUUCCUCUUUCGAGCGACUGACGUGGGAAAGAGCAAAGCAGAGUGUGCCGCGGCUUUUGUGCGAGACCGCGUUGCGUGCCGCGAAACGGAAGCCUCCGUGACUAUCACGCCUCAUUUUAAGAAGGUGCAGGACAUGGACGUGGAUUUCUACCGGCAGUUCCACGUCAUCCUUUCGGGACUCGAUAAUAUCGAAGCGCGUCGGUAUUUGAACUCUCUCGUUGUGUCGUUGGCUGAAGUAAACGAGGAUGGAGAAGUGGAUCCUUCCACUAUCAUUCCGUUGAUUGACGGGGGCACGGAAGGUUUGCGUGGCCAGGCUCGAGUGAUCAUCCCUCGGAUCACGAGCUGCUUUGAGUGUUCGCUCGAGACGUUCCCGCCGCAAAAGAGCUUCCCGAUGUGCACCAUUGCAGAGACACCGAGACAACCGGCACACUGCAUCGCCUAUGCCUUCAUUGUGCUCUGGCCGCGAGAGUUUCCCGAGAGGAAGCUUGACAAGGACUUGCCAGCACACAUGCAGUGGGUCUUUCAAGCUGCAAAGGACCGAGCGGAGCAAUUUGGAAUUACAGGUGUCACAUACAGUUUGACGUUGGGAGUGGUGAAGAACAUCAUUCCAGCAGUAGCGUCAACAAACGCAGUAGUGGCGGCCAUGUGUGCAAGCGAGGCUCUUAAGGCUAUGAGCUAUUGCAGUCGCUUGAUGAACAAUUACCACAUGCACAUGGGUGCUACGGGAUGCUAUUCGCACACGUUUCAGUACGACCGAAGAGAGGAUUGUGUCGUCUGCUCCUCGCAGCAGAAGACACUGCACGUGGACCCGGAUUCAAUGACGUUACAGAAACUGAUUGACCACCUUUGUGGUGACGAUUUCCGGCUGUUAAAGCCCUCGAUCAGCUCAGGCAGUGCCAACCUGUUUAUGCAGGGUCCACCAUCUCUUCGUGCUGCUACAAGCCCUAAUCUAGACAAGGUGCUGCGGGAGCUUGUGAAGGACGGUGAAAGUUUGACGGUCACCGAUGCCGUUUUUGUGGGUGAUAUGGCGCUAUCGUUGCAGAUUGUCUUUGAAUCGGCGAAGGAUGUGGGGGCCUCGCACAUGGGAGACUAA